UUAGAAAGAUUCAUCUCUUUUACACUUCAAACCAAUUGCAUUUACCCUCAAGUUUAGUGUUUCUUGCAAAUAAGAUAACUCCUAUCAACCAUCAAAACUUGAACCAAAGAAAAAGUUUGUCUCUCCAUGCAAAAGGGUAAAGAAGUUGUUAGCAAAGGAAAAGAUAUGGAAACGGAAGGAAAUGGUGUGAAAGAGGAAACCCUACCUCCUGGAUUUCGAUUUCAUCCUACCGAUGAAGAACUCAUCACUUAUUAUCUUGUAAACAAGAUUUCUGAUUCUGAUCAUUUUACUUGCAAAGCAAUAGGUGAUGUAGAUCUCAACAAAUGCGAACCAUGGGAGCUUCCAGGGAAGGCAAAGAUGGGUACAAAAGAAUGGUACUUCUUCAGUUUACGAGAUCGUAAAUAUCCAACUGGUGUGAGAACUAAUAGAGCAACAAACACUGGAUAUUGGAAAACCACUGGGAAAGACAAAGAGAUAUUCAACAGUGUUACAACAGAGUUGGUUGGCAUGAAGAAGACUUUGGUUUUUUACAAAGGUAGGGCUCCUAGAGGAGAGAAAACUAAUUGGGUCAUGCAUGAGUACCGUAUUCAUUCCAAAUCCUCCUUCAGAUCCAACAAGCAGGAUGAGUGGGUGGUGAGUAGGGUAUUCCGGAAGAGUGCAGGUGUAAAGAAGUACUACCCUUCUUUAAACCCUACAAGAGCAGUCAUGAACAAUCCUUACAAUAUUAAUCUAGAAGUUGGUCCUAACAGCAUGAACAUGCCACCACCAUCAAUGAUGCAGCUAGGGCUAGAUUCUUCUUCUGCUGCUGCUCAUAAUUUCCAUCUCUAUGGAAGAAACUACAUCAACACUCCAGAUCACGUAGCGGAAGUCACCAGGCUUCUAAGAGCUGGUGUUGUGCCAAUGCAUCAAUAUUCUCAUUUGAACUUUCCAGUAUCAUCACCAUCAUCAUCACCCUUAGAUGGUGGAGGAUUCACCAUUUCAGGACUUAAUUUGAAUCUUGGAGGUGGCGCUUCAUCACAACAACCUAUUUUGAGGCCAAUGCCAUCAACUACUACUACUACUCAUAUGGCUGCUCAUCAACUGCAUGAUUUCAGCUCCAACAUGAUUAGUAAUAAUAGUAAUAAUGUUGUUGGGUAUGGUGGUGGAGAUGAAGUGAAUAAUCCAAAUACUAAUGGUCAUGGAAAUAAUAAUAGGUACAAUAUGCAGGGUGCUAUGGACCACUGUGUGGAUCUUGAUCAUUAUUGGCCACCUUCUUACUGAA